GAAUGUUCAUCCAUCGUACAAAGAAUUCACUCUCAGAUCCAAAAUUAAAUCAUAAAUUCAUACUUGCCUAAACUCUUCAAACAUCAUGGCUGAAACUCAAGUCUGGCUCAUCACAGGGGCAUCCCGUGGCCUCGGUCUCGAACUCACCAAAACUGCCCUGAAGGCUGGGCAUAAAGUCGUCGCGUGCUACCGAAGCAAGGCUAAACUCGGUACCGCUUUGGCAGAAAUCGAGGCUCUUGGCGGAACCUGGUUACAGCUCGACGUAGCUGCCGAGGACGUUGAGUCCAAAGUCCAGUCCGUCGUAGCUGAACACGGACAUAUCGACGUCCUUAUCAACAACGCCGGAUACGGCAUGCAUGGAAGUAUCGAGGACACAAGCGUUGAUCAGAUCGACGGCAUCUUCAAAACCAACUUUGUCGGCUCCCUUCGCACAAUUCAAGCUGCGUUGCCGUCCAUGAGAUCGCGUCGCUCGGGAACCAUCGUCAACAUCAGCAGUUCACUGGGCGUAAACCCUGCCCCCGGCUUCGGCAUCUACUCCGCGUCGAAGUUUGCUCUGGAAGCCGCCACCGAAGCCCUCCAAGCCGAACUAACCACAUUCAACAUCCGCACCCUUCUCAUCGAACCCGGGGCGACAGCCACCGAAUUCGCCGACCCGUCGGGGACCGGCGUCCAGGUACCCCUAGGCUCGGCCUACGAAGGCACCGCGGUGCACUAUACCCGCGAAAUCGUGAAGUCGCCCGAGUACCUCAGCCAAGCCGCCCCACCGGCCAAGGUCGCGCAGCGGAUCGUCGAGGCGGUGGACCGGACGGGGGUUUUCGCCGGCAAGGAGGAGGAGGUCGGCCUCCGGAUCCCGCUCGGCGCGGACACCGGCUCGGAGGUGGAGAAGCGGGCUGCUAUGAUGGCGGGGCUGGCGAAGGAUGGGAAGGAUUUGUGGAUGAGUAUUUACACGUAGUGUACUCUUGUCUGUGGUGAAAUUCGAGAAGGUUGUGAUCGUUGGAGGC